AAUGGGAAAGGGUCCUGUUAUAUAGACAGGAACACAUACAAGCUUCCAUAUCAUUGGCUCCUCAACAAAUAAGAGAGGAGCAGCUGCCCUGUGAUUGGCUGAAGAAGUUGCCCAGGAGGGGCCCCUGCAUUAGAGUCAGUACAUUGUGCAUUAAUGACCAAUCAGGGAUGUUGUUCUGCUGCUUCACACACUGACCCGGGGCAGUUACACUCUCUUCCCUCCCACCGCUCUGGGGCAGUUGUAGGGCAGGUGGAUGGGCAGGUCUGUGAUACCUGAGACACAUCGUUAGAGGACACGACGGGGUCUGGAAACCACUGGGCCGACAUGGGAACCUUGAGCAAAAUCAUCUUCCACCUGAUGAUCGCAUUGAUUGUCUUCCUAUUGGCUGCUCUUGUUCUGAUUAUUGGCAUUGGGAUCGCAGGGAGUAAGGGGGCAGUACCAGUCUCAGCUGCCUCCUUGGUGGGGCACAUAAAUGAUGAUGUGAUAUUAAGCUGCACCUUCACCCCAGAUCCAAGUCAGGACAAUGAUAUAAAGUGGGAGAAGGUGGGCAUGAGUGGGCUGGUGCACAAGUACCAGAAAGGGAACAAUGAGCUGACGGAUCAGAACCCAGCCUUCAGGGGUCGCACCUCCCUCUUCCUCAGUCAGGUGAUGGUGGGUAAUGCCUCCCUAAAGCUCAGCCGGGUGCAACUGUCAGACACCGGCACCUACAGGUGCAUCAUCUCCAACUCCAAAGGAACAGGGGAGAGCAAGAUGGUGUUCAGGGUGGGAGAUUUCAGCACCGUCACUGUGACCCAAGUCUCCAACAACUCCCUGAAUUGUGACUCCCCGAGUUGGUACCCUCAGCCCAAUGUCUCCUGGGUCAGUACCUCUGGAACUAACCUCACCAACCUCACCUGGACCAGCUUCCAGCCUGGACUGAAUAGAGCAGUGACAGUCAGAUCAGCACUGAGGGAGGUCCAGUUAGACGUCCAGUACACGUGUGUGAUAAAUACUGAGUUGGCCCGAGCUGAAGGGGACGCAAUGCUGACAGAUUCUGGGCUCCAAACUGCAUCCCGACUGGAAGUGUUUAGUUCUGUGGCUCUUCUCUCAGCACCUCGACUUUGGCUCUGCACCCCCUUUCUGUCUCUCCUUCUUGGGUCUGUACUUCACUAGGUGCUCAGGGGACACAUCACAUGAUCAGCAUUAAAGUGACAGUAUGUGUUGUCCCUGUAUUUAUACCAACGGGUGGUGCUGCCAUAUUGCCUGACAUACAGGAGGUACAACACUAUCUCUUGUUAUAUCUGCAGGGAGACUGCCUGUAUAUUAGCUGCACAGACACUUGACUGUAUAUAAUAGUGCUCAGAGCAAAAUCCUGGGAAAUAUUAGUGGAGUCUCACUUCUCCCGGGGGGCUGGGUAAUGUCGGCUCAACCCCGGACUCAUAUAAUGGGAAAUACUCAGCGCUGUUAUCUGGGAACCUGGACCCACUCCUGGAGGAAGAACUGGACCCCCAUAAUGAGAAAGUAACAUCCGUGUCACAUACAAGAUACAGAAUUCUAUAGGCCAAUAACUCAGCCCCCCAGUUACUAACGUGGCAGUUUGUAUUCGACAGAUUCUCCU